UGUAUCCAGUGCACAGUUGGACAAACGUCAAACAGGAUAUUUUUCAUUGCGCUUGCAAUACGUCUGUUCCACAAAUAUUGAAUGGAAUCCAUCAGUUACAGAAGCAGCUACUGAAUUGGACUCGGAGGCUACAGACACAAUACUGGAAGUUCCUGACCUGAGUUACUCACAACGUAGACAAAUGGAUGACCGGAACUGCAUCUUUAGUCCUGCUAAAUCCACACCUACCGGUUCAUCCUCUGACAAGAGAUACCUUGAAGACCCACGAGUCUCAUUGCCUGGGUUUAACUACCAGGAGCCAGGCUUCAAUAAUCACCAUGGCUCUGCACCUCAAAUCUCUGUAACAGAAAGUACUCCAGAUAGGAGCAGGAAGCUUCUGUCAGUGACCACACAGCAAUUACAUGUUCCGCCUGAGCAUGAGUGCUCCAGUUCCAUUCAGGCAGAAUCACCUGAAGAACAGGACAAAUUCAUGAUUAUGAUCAGCAAUGCCCAGCGUGGGCGAAUGGAUGAUCAGCGAUGUUCCUUGAACCCAAGCAAGAGUGCACCCUGCACACCUCAAAAUACAGAGAGAAAGUCUGUCACAAGCUCAUCAAAUGCAGGUCAAGAUCAAGACGCGUUUUUAAACCUCCUCGCCAACACUCAGAGCCAACGGCUUGAUGACCAACGAGUGUCUCUUCCUUCAUUACCAGGAUUACAGAAUGACAAUUCCACAUCUAACUCUGGAACAGACUCAAGCUACUUAUGUUACAUGGUUUCUAAAGUCCAAGGAUCCAGGAUGGAUGACCAAAGAUGCUCAUUACCCCAAAUCCAUGCCCCAGAACCUGAGGGUGCAUCAAAAAAUGAUGCGUCGGGGAUUCCACGAUCAGCCUCAUUUUGCCUCACCUCAGAUACACAGCAAACUAAGUACAAAGAUAAAUCAUCUCAAAAACAGUCAGUAAAUCCAGCUGAGCAGGAAGAUUUCUUUAAAAAGAUUAGUCAUGCCCAACAGAGGCGAAUGGAUGAUCAGCGCUGUGCCUUAACUAUUUCCCCAAGUCCCAAGUCCACACCCAAACACGAGCCGACUGAGAAACCUCUAACUAAAGAUUCUGAAGCAUUUUUCAACCUGCUGGCCAAUUCUCAAGGCCAUCGUCUUGAUGACCAGCGAGUGUCCCUGCCUACAUUGCCAGGAAUACAGAAUGGAGGAACCAAGUCAACUGCGGAAGACAGGGAUGCAAGCUACUUGUGUUACAUGGUCUCCAAAGUCCAGGGCUCAAGGAUGGAUGAGCAGAGAUGUUCUGCACCCAAUCUCUUCCAGAAUUCAGGUACCCCAUCUCCUCAACGCAGAGAUCUUAGCUCAGAGGCUGAUAAACCUCUCCAGAGGUCUGCCUCUCUGAACCGUGGGAGCACAAAACCACGACAGGAGGCGUCUCCAGCUGAGCAGGAGCAGUUCCUUAAAAUGAUGAGUCAUGCACAACGUGGACGUAUGGAUGAGCAACGUUGCUCUUUACAGCCCAGUAGAAGCACACCUGCUACACCCACACACAAUGGAAGUGCUUUAAAUAACAUACCUACAGGUGCAGAAGCAGAUGCAUUCUUCAAAGCCAUUGCCUCCAGUCAGGCCCGACGACUAGACGAUCAGCGUGUGGCACUUCCUAGCCUGCCAGGAAUAAGUGGAAAGACUAAUGAAAAGACUGCUGCCCCACAAAUCACUGUGACUAAAAGUACGCCAGGAACAUCAAAGAAGAACUUCACUACUUGCACAUCUCACCCCCAAAGGGAAUCUGCAGAAAGUGGUUCCCCUAGAGUCAUACCCAAGUCUGCCUCAUUUACCCCUGAGACACAGUAUCAAAAGAUGAUGAACCCCCAGACUCAGGUGACAUUGAAGGUAUCAAUGAGCUUCUCACCACAGCAGGUGCAGGAGAACGUCGACCAGCAAUGCCCAUUUCCGGAGCUCUUCCUCACUGUCGGAGCCCCUGGAGAUAACCUUGUAAUUCCUCUCAGCCCAGGACCUGGCAGACCCCUUUCUCUCAGUUUAAACCUUGUUCCAAAAGAAGAUGUGAGAUCCAGGCACAGUUCUCCACACCGUGCCAAGAGUCCCAGAAAAGCCCGCUCAAGGCCGUCAUCUCCUAAACCAGGUGCAACAAGUCCACACAAACAGGAGAUGCCUCUGUCCAGAUCUAUCAGCCCUGAUGAAGACUACUUUUCUCUGAUUGAGAAGGUUCACACAGCACAGAUGCAGAUGGGAAUGGCUCAAGGAGGAAAGGCCAGAGAGAAGGCAGCACAAGGAAGGGGAAAGGGUGGUGGAAGGAAAGAUAGAAAGGAUAAUGGAAAUAAACAUUAGUUAAUUAUCUAUUGAGAAAAAAUAGAUUAAAUGUGACAUGACAGAACAUGUUUAAUGAACAAAUGUAUUUUUGAUUUCGAUGUAGUUUUCAUAUAUAUAUACGUAACUGUAAUAAUUAUAAUAAUAAUAAUAAUACUGAUAAUUGUAAAGAUUUCCUGAAGUAGAAUUUACAUUUGUUUGCCAAUAUCAUAAAAGGAUAAUUACUUGUUAAAAUAUUUUAUUUAUUCAUGCAUUUUUCUUCUUUGAUUGUGUAAUAUUUCGGAUUCACAUCUAGUCUUUUGUUUCACACUCAGUGGUUUGAGAAGUCAGUACUUUGUAUUUUUUCAAAUGUAAAUACUGUAAAGAUGAAGGUGGUGCUGUUUAAAAUAUAAAUGCAAAAGGAAAAAAUUAUUUGGUAUGUUGGAAUGUGUAAAGUGACACAGUAUAACAAUAAAGACAGCAAUAAGACAA